CAGUCGUCUUCCCGCAACCAAACCAUGUCUGGCCGCGAGCGUGACCUUGAACUGGGCACACGCCUUGACGACCUCGCUGUGACUGUCGACGGUCUUGUGGAGGAGCUGGCCCUCGAUGCCGCCCGCCGUGAGGCCGAGGAGAAGGAGGCCCGCCGCGCUGCCUUCCAGGAGGAGAAGCGCCGCGAGAUGGAAGCCGCUGAAGAUGAGGAGGAAGAGGGCCCCACACUCAACCAGGGCCUGAUGUUUGUGGCUGCACUUGUGUUUGGCGUGCUGUUUAUUGUGGGCUGGACUGUGGUGUACAACAAGGUGCUCGACCUCGAGCAGGUCAACCGCGACGAGGCCAUGAUGGCCAAACUGACGCCGAUGCAGAUCCUGGCCCAGGGCGUGGCCAAUGUCCAGCUGCUGGCAUUCUCGGACGUGUCAACGGAGAGCAAGCUGCAGUACAUCGGAGGCAUGGUGGCAAACGGAGAAGCGCACGAUAUGUCCAAGACAUUCACUGCCUUUGCCGGUGACGCUUUCUUCCUCACCACCACCUCGGCCUCGUCCGCUGUCCGCGGCUCUGCCAUCAACAACGCGCUGGCGGCCAUGGCAGCGGGCAACGGCUCGCGCAUUGUGGCCACGCCUGGCAUGAACGACCUCAAGCUCGCGUCGUCGCCUGCAGAGCUCGAGGCGCUCUUUGCCGUCUCGGCCAAGACCGCGACCGCCGCCUCGACCGGCUCGCUCGCGUGGGUCCUCUCCAACAUCAAGAAGACGUCCGACGGCAUGGCGCUGGACUCGACCUCGGACUUUGUCGUCGUCACCGCCGACGGGAUCCGUUUUGGCGUUGUCGGCCUUGUCUCCAACCCCAACGUGGCUGCGCUUGCCUGGGAGGACCCGGCGGUGGCCAUCACCCGCAUUGCCGACGCCCACGCUGCCGACUACGACAUUCUUGUGGCCGUCACCCACCAGACCUCGGCCGACAACGCCAAGCUGACCUCGGUCUCGUCAUCGACCCCGACCAAGCUCCCGGCCCAUGUGGUGGUCCAGGGCAACUCGUUUGCCUACGGCUACUCGGCCGCCAACGGCAAGGCUGUUCUCUCGACCUCGGGUGGUAACAACUACCUCUCUGGCCUCGACAUGACCAUCCGCCGCGAGGCCCCGUCGAUGUUCACCGGCAUGCCCGUGCCUUACGCCGCCGUCGCCCCGGCGCCCGCUCUCGCUGGCGUCGAGUCGGCGCUCGCCGCCGGCGCCACCGCCUUCACCGACCACCUCGCCGCCACCGCUGGCUCCACCGACGCCGCCCUCGACUUUGCCAACGCCGGCUCGAUGGAGACCAACGUCGGCCGCCUCGUCGCCGACCGCCUCGCCGCCGCCGCGCCUGCCGCACCCGCCGGUACCACCAAGGUCGCCAUCGUCCAUGCCGGUCUCUUCACCGGCACCACCGACGUCCCGUCCGGCUCGUUCUUCCUCUCGGCCCUCCCCCUCUCGGCCGACGAGCGCUUUGUCACGGUCACCACCACUCAGGCCGACCUCAACGCCAAGCUCUCUGCCCUCUACUCGCCGUGGGCCGUCCCCACUGCCAACAUGAUCCACGUUGAUGCCACCCUCGACGGCACCACCAUCAACUCGGCGACCGGCGCUGUCUCCACCCCGGUCACAGGCACCAUCAUGCUUGUCGUCCCGCACUCGUUUGCCACCACCCUUGGCUACUCGUCGACCUCGGCCGCCUCGACCUCUACCAUCGCCACCGUCGUCUACAACUACGUCACGGCCACCACUACCAUCUCGCCGCCUGCCACUGCCCGCGUCACCAUCUCCUUCGCCUCGGCCCGGCUCUUGACCUCGUCGACCAACUCGCAAGUCGUUGUUCGCUUCUCGCUGGAAAAGCCACUCUCUUCGGCCAUUCUCAUUCAAUCGAUGGCUCUGGCUCUGGCAUGGGACGACGCGCCUCUCGUUGUCGUCGACUCGGGCUUGCCCUCGUCUGGUAAUCGAUGGCUGUACAUUGCGGCGUGGAUCGACAUGGCGCCAUCUGCUGUCCUCCCUGCGCCACACGUGCCGUUCUCGCUCCAUCAGCGGAUCGACGACUCGACUGGGACUAUUGCUGCGGGGGUGGGUGCCGUGCUCCUGCUGUGCUUUGCGUUGGUCCUCUUUCAUCAGCAGCGGAAGCAUGCGUGGUAUCCGACGCUCUGCUCACCGAUGGACUCCGCGCCGCCUCCGAACGGUGCCAUUGCACCAUGGGCGCCCGAAUCGGACGACGGCUCGUACUCGCAGGCGUACUACUCGGACGACGACAAUGCCGACCGCUCCAAGCGAACCGUCGCCGAGCGCGGUGUCGGUACGCUGGCCGGUGGCUUCUUUGGCGCGCGGACCGGUGACGGCGGCGGAACGGCAGGCGGACACGCCUCGGCGGCUAUCGGCAGCGGCGGAGGCGGCAGCCGACUCGACGCCUCUCGCCCGACCGACGCCGCGAUCAAGUACGCCGAGCGCCGUCGCGAGACGUCUGCUGUCGGCUAUGCUGUCCUUGUUGUCCUCCGGCUCAUCUUUUUAGUCUUUGACGCUAUCCGGCUCCUCAUCAACCUCCAGCUCAUCCACGGCUCGCUCUCGCUCUACGUCGGCUCACUGCCAUCAAUUGGCGACAUUACCGAUGUAGUCCCGCUCGGCAACCUAGCUCCCAUCUUGUUCUCGGUCGAUGCGCUUCUGGCGUACUUCAACUCGCUCACUGCCGAGGUGCUGGUGUGGAACUGCGGCGGGACGCUACUGCUGGCGUUUCCGUGGCUCCUUGCGGCGUUCAUGGCUGCGUUUGUCGUCAUUCUUCACCAUGACUUGCUCUUGUUUGUGGCCAUCAAGCUGGUCUCGCUUCGGCCGUGCAGCGGACGGACGGGUGCGCUCAUUUUCCAGGCCAUCUCUGCCCUCCUCCAGGCUGUCCUCUUCUACAUCAUCCAGCUCAUUGUGCUCAUCAUGCCCCAGGUCUUUCUCGGCAUGUGGUCGAUCGAGCGAACGUGCUCACCGCUGGACAAGCAGAUGGCGGACGUCAUGUUCUUUGCCAACAUUGCCAUCCUCACGCUCUGCUUCAUCGUUCUUCUUGUCCUCUUCUCCGGACGCCCGUCGAGCAACAUCUCAGGUGCGUGCUGCUUUGUUCCGUUCAUCCUCGUCGUCGGCUCACUCAAGCGGCUCUUUCUCCUCACAUUUGGCUUUUGGACGCCGAGCCUGGUCGAGGCGCACGGUGUCCGUGAGCGAGCAUCAGAGUUUGAUGAUGACCCUCUUGAUGACGAUCCCCGCCACGAGACUGUCCUCGUUGUCACCUCCAAAUCGCGGUCGCUCAUCUGGAUGAUGCUCCCGCUCACCAUUGUGCUCGCUAAGCUUGCUGAGGCCAUCAACAACCCACCGCUCACCGUCCAGCACCCGCAUGUGUACAUGUCCACCUCGACGCUCUUUCGCGCCAUCAUCCUCCUCUUUCACCUCAUCACCUUUGGCUUUCUCAUCUCGGUGGUCAUCCUGGCCAACAGCGUCCUUUUCUACGCCAUGCUCAUCUCGCUCAUCCCGCUCCAUAUCUUCCUCCUUGGCCUUGAUCUUUUCGGCGUUGCCACAGAGCGGUGA